AUGAGCUUUACCGUUGCGCAGCGCCAGCGAGCCAUCGGCCUGUACAAGCGUCUGCUUCGCACCUCGCGCAAGACGUUCGAAGGCGACUCUGUAGCAAUCUCUGCAGCUAGAGACGAGACGCGUCGCCGCUUCAAAGCCGCAGCGCAGGAAACUGAUGCUUCCAAGAUCGACGAAGGACUCAAAAUGGGCGACGAGAUCAUCUCGGUUCUUCGUCAGAACGUGGUGCAGGGCAAGUGGCGACAGGAACGCGACGCCUAUGAACUCCGUAUGACCAAAGACACCGAGCUGGGUAACAACGAUAGCAUCAAAGAGGCAAGAGCCAAGCAGAUCGCCGACCUGAAAGCUGGCAAGAAGCCGGAACGCAAAAGUUGUCGUGAAAUGGCCGCGCAGUAUCAGGCAGCAGCGGCCUCUCCCUCUUCGUCCAUGGCAACGUCCUCUUCUUCAGCAUUCAACACAGUCCGUGCCUUCUCCACCUCUACCCGACCCACCACCUCGACCAUUGCAGCGCAUGCGUGCGGCUUCCGAUCGCAGCGCAGCGGCUUUGCUUCAUCCGCCAGCAACGCAUCUCGCGAUCCUUCAGCGAUGGCCCAAACUCCUUUGCCGCGACCCGUACCCAAGUUCUCGUCUACAACGAUCCUCGCCGACGGAUCUUCGAUCCAGAUCUCCACCACUUCGCCACGACGAUUGACGAGGUUGACGCGAGACCCAACCAAUCAUCCGCUGUGGAACCCGGGUCAAGAACGUAAGGUUGGAGGUGAUGCAGAUGAUGACAGUGGUCGUCUCGGAAGAUUCAGGAGGAGGUUCGACGGGCUGGAUGGUGCAAGUGCCAGUGGUAAGCCCGCAGAGGCGAACAAGGACGCGCGAGAGGUCAGCUUCGGUCAAGAGGAUCUGGACUGGAUGAGUGUCGGUGGUAGGGAGGCUCGUGCUGGUUCACCAAUUGCGGCCAAGAAAGCUGGUAAGGGCAAAGGUCGCAAAUGA